AUGUCAACUUCUAAUAAAAGACAAUCCAAUCAAUCGUUAUCUUCGUCGUAUGGUUCAAUUCAAGCGGAAUCGGCAUCUCCUAGACCAAUCUUUCAAACAGGUUCAAAGACUAAUGCUUCAAAUAUAUUAUCUGCGUCAACAACUACUCCAAAUAACGAUACAUCUGGUCCUCAUUCACCAUCAUCUUUAUCAUCAGGACAUCCAUUGCUCAACAACAGUAAUAAUGAUAAUGACGAAAUUGAAAACGUCACCGAUAUUAAACCUGAAGAUGAACUCAACGAUUAUCAUCUAGAUCUUUUAAAUUACAAAUCGAUUACAUUAGAAAAUAAAGGAUCAGUAGCCAGAGAUCAUAUGGCCAACGAAAGGACUUUUCUAGCAUGGUUAAGAACUUCAUUGGCUUUUAUUACAUUAGGUAUAGGUAUCACUCAAUUAUUCCGAUUAGAAAAACCAAAUUCGAAAAUUCAUACUUCAUCUACAGUAAUUCCCUUAUCUCGAGCUCCUCAUAAUGGAGAAAAUUCACAAAUAAUCACUAGAUUUGGUAAACCUUUAGGAUCAAUAUUUAUUAUUUUAGGAAUAUUAACAUUAGUUUUCGGAAUGAAACGAUACUUUCAAGUCCAAUACUUUUUAACUAAAGAUUUUUAUCCAGCUACUCGAUUAAGUAUAUUUGUAUUGAUCUCAAUCAUACUUGCUAUAGUGGUGGUUACUUUCGGUUUGGUGUUGAAAACUUCUUUAUAA